CAGAAAUGAGUCCGAUAUGUACAGCAUGCCACCGCUCAGGGAUUCAUAAGAACCACAGGGUUUUUCCGCUGAGCGACACCGCGCAGGAGUGCAAGGGCCGCUGAAUAGGUAGGUCUGACUGACGGGGAUGUCGAGCGCCAAAUCGCAAGUCAGACACUUAAGACUCUAAGUGUGUAAUGCCUGAAGAGGUGGAGACCAGAGUAAGACUGGGUGGAGCACAGUAGUCCUAUAUGAACCUCAUCAAUAAAGCUAGACCCUCAAAGACCACAAUGUCCACCAGGCGUGCCGUCCUUGAUGAUGACCUCUCAUGCCCAAUAUGCGGCAAGGUUUUUCAAGAACCUGUGGUGCUUUUCUGCAAACACAGAUUCUGCAAAUCCUGCUUGGAGAUCAGCUGGGUUAGUGGAGAAACUUGCGAAUGUCCACUCUGCGGCCAGCCGGCAUCCAUUGGGGAACUCAUAGUUAACACGAUGCUCAAGAAAACCUGCGAAGGAUAUCUGAAAGAACGGCGCAAGAGCAACCCGUUUGCAUGCAAGGAACAUGGCGAAUCUCUGACCUUGUUCUGUUUGGAAGAUCUACAGCCUACAUGUGUUGAGUGCAAGGAAACGGGAAUCCACAAAGGCCAUAGAUUAUACUCUUCGGAAGAGGCGUCGCAAGAUUGCAAGGCUGAACUUAAGACCGCUCUGAAGCCACUGCAGGACAAGCUGAAGUUCUUCAGGAAUGUUAAAUCCACAUAUGAUCUAACAGCAGAACACAUCAAGAGACAGGCCGAACAUGCAGAAAGGCAGAUCCGAGAUGAGUUUGAGGCGCUGCACAGGUUCCUUCGAGAAGAAGAAGCUACCAAACUCUCUGAACUCAAGAAAGAGGAGACGGAGAAGAGUGAGGCCAUAAUGGUGAAGAUUGAGGAAAUGGAAAACGAAAUCGCAUCCCUUACAAACACCAUUAGGCAUAUCGAAAAGGAGAUGAGCGCUCAGGAUAUCCCAUUCCUGCAAAAUUACAAGGAAACCAUCAAGAGAACUUGGCAGAUCCCCCAGGAACCGGAGAUGAUAUCAGGGUCUUUGGUUGACGUAGCCAAACAUUUAGGCUCUUUAAAAUUCUAUGUCUGGAAGAAGAUGCUGAAUAUCAUCCAAUAUACUCCCGUGACUCUGGACCCGAACACAGCAGCGAGCUGUUUCAAGCUCUCAGAGGACCUCACAACUCUUCAGUGCUGCUCCCAGAUCUUCAAGCUCCCAGACAACCUGGAGCGUUUCGACGUCAGUGCAGAGAUGCUGGCCGCUGAGGGCUUCCGCUCGGGCAAACACAGCUGGGACGUAGAAGUCAAAGACAACAGCUACUGGGUGAUCGGGGUCGCCAGCGAAUCAGUGAGGAGGAAGGGCAAGAACGUGCUGACACCGGCGCAGGGGUUCUGGACCAUCCGGCUGCGUAACGGAGAGUACAAGGCUUGCACGGCACCUUGGUCCUCGCUAACUAUGAAUAGCAAACCGGACGUGGUAAGAGUGGUGUUAGACAUGGAAAGGUCGAAGGUGACGUUCUAUGACCCGAGAGAGAGGACGCCGCUCUACACUUUCACAGACAUCAUCUCGCCACGAGUGUUUCCCUACUUCUGCAGUGCCUGCAAGGAACAUCCUCUCAAAAUCCUUCCAGUGACGGUGUAUAUAAAAGCUGGGCAUUAAACAAAUCCAUCCACUUUUUUGGUACAAAAUGCGAAAAGGAAAUUAUUUAUUAUAACCAUAAACAUGAAUAUUAAAUUUAAAUAUUUUAUGUCAAGUACAACAAUGGCUUUAUUGGUUUCCACUUUUCACACGUUCAGCUCCCGUGACUCUGGACCUGAACACAGCAGCUGUGAUGUUUCUAGAUUACCUUAUUUCCCUAAUAUUCAAUAUUAGUUCUUUAAAAAAAAAUUUUUGUUCAACUUUUUGACUUCUGGAUUGUUCACUAAAUCAUGACCUUGUAAUAAAUGAUCAAUUGUAAAAUACAAAUAUAUUUUCUUUUUUCCCCCCUCACUCAUUGCACUGUACUUGAUCAAAAUAAUUCAACAUGCUUCUAGACC